AUUUGAGAUCCAUGCUCUUUAAAUUUUUUCAACAAUAUCAAUACAGCAAAAAAUAAUUCAAGCAAUAGUUGAUAUUUCGAGCGCUGUGUAUUUAAAUCCCAUAUUUUCAAAACAGACUUUAAUGUUUUUUUCUCUCCCUCGGACAUGUCAUGGAUUGUGAUCAUCGACUGACGUCGUUAUAGAUAGGACAUCUUAGUUACGAUCGUCACUGUUUGUGUUGGUACAAUACCGGGGCCCUCCAACUCUCGCUAGUGGCUAUUGGGACAGUGGAAAAUUAAACAUGGGUGAGCUUUCAGAUUCACAAAGACAAGAAAUAAAAUCUGCUUUUGAGUUGUUUGACAAGGAUGGGAGUGGCUUUAUAGAUUCCGCUGAACUGAAGACAGUCCUCCAUUCACUGAAGCAGAACCCCACUGACGCGGAUGUCCAGGCCAUGAUUGACGAACUGGACACUAACAAAAAUGGGCAAAUAGAUUACUCAGAAUUUGAAAAAUAUAUGGCGAGUAAAUUCAAGAACCCGGACGAGGUAGAGGAUGAAAUGCAAGCGGCCUUCAAAAUUUUUGAUAAAGACGGAAGUGGAAAGAUUGACGCAGAGGAACUGAAAACUGCUAUGAUGAAUCUCGGAGAACGUAUGUCAGACAAGGAUGUGAAUGAAAUGAUUGCUGAGGCGGAUCUAGAUUCUGACGGGAAGGUAGAUUAUAAAGAAUUCGUUAAAAUUAUGAUGAAAUAGAAACCUUCUACUAAAAGUCUACAGAUAGAGGCAGCUAAAAUGAAAGAACAUCCGUCCAUCUUGAACAAGUUGUUUUUUAUGAUUUAUUUGAACAAUGACUCAAAUAUGUUGUGUACUAUAUACAUGUACUUUCAAUGACAGUUUGAUCCAACAAAAUAAUAUGUUUAAUGCAUGAUAUUUGAGGCCUAAAUAGACACAGAAACCGUUACAAUGUGUUUACAAUGUACUUUAUUAUAAAAAAUAAAAAUCUUUGUAAUAACUUCAUACAUGAUGUAAUAAAUAAAAUACUAGUACUUUAUACUAGACAUAUGUUGUAAUAUACAUAAACAUACUUCAUACUAGAUGCUUGAUGUAAAACAUAGAUUUGUUA